AUUCCUCAGGCAGCCACAUUAAAACCAUAUCUAAAUGCAGUAAAAGAAACUCUAAAUGCAGCAAUUUGCCUCCAAAACUUUGAUUCUCAAAAUGUCGAGAGGCACAACAAACCAGAGGUUGAAGUCAAGUAAGUCACUUAUGCAUCUACAUUAAAGUCACUUGGGGGGGCAAAUCAAUGAUUGUGUAAUAUUCAUUAAGAUAAAUUGGCUAAUGUGAAGAGAUAGCACCCUGACGUCAUUUGCAUGUUUUUUUUCCCUGGUUCCGAUAGGGUCAAAACCCAGGUUAGGAAUAAGUUUAGGGUUCAGGUUAGGUUAAGUGAUAAAUUUAGGACAUAAGUUCGCGGGACGCAACAAAUGCGGUGCUAUCUCUUCACAUUUACCGAUAAAUUAUACCGGGUAGUGUUUUAUAUUUAGUAACACAAUUAACAUGAUUAUUUUUUCAUAUAUUCUUUUUUCAGGAGCAAUAAAGAAUUGCUUUUAACUCCAGUUAUCAUAAGCCGAAAUGAGAGAGAAAGGGUUUUAAUUGAAGGCAGCAUUAACUCUUUGCGAAUCAGUAUAGCUAUAAAACAGGUGCGUUUUUAAUACAAAAUGCUAAGUGAUUAAGAAUUUAGAUUCCCCUCUUUGUAAGUGUCUGACACGUAAAACAAACCCUAGUUACUUCAUGUCAAAUGUUGUCUGCUGUCUUGUCAUUAAAGAAUAAUAUAUAUUUGUACCAAACCCUAUAAAGCAACUAAAUCCUCUCAUCAUACUCAUACCGAGCUUAUCAUAUACUAAGUUUCAUUAAGAUUUACUUGUACAUUGACAUUAUCAUGCAUAUUUGUCUUCAGGCUGACGAGAUAGAGAAAAUUUUAUGCCACAAAUUUACCAGAUUUAUGAUGAUGAGAGCAGAGAAUUUUGCUAUUUUAAGGAGGAAACAGGUGGAGGUGGGUCACCUAGUAUUGCUUAUAGUUUUAGAGAUUAUAAAGAAUGAGAAAAUGUGUUAAUUAGUUUAUAUACCAUUCUCAGUAUUUUAUAUAUAAUAAAAUGGUUUUGGUUUGUUUAUUAAUUAUCUACAAUGCCAAUAAAUUAACUUCAGUUUAUAAUUUUUAUGAUUAUUUCAGGGGUAUGACAUUAGUUUUUUGAUCACCAACUUUCACACUGAACAAAUGUACAAGCAUAAGCUGGUAGACUUCAUCAUUCAUUUCAUGGAAGAAAUUGACAAAGAGAUCAACUUCCUGAAGUUGGCUGUCAACUCUAGGGCUAGAAUCAGUGCGGAAGAAUUUCUGAAAAAUUUCUAA